CAAUUGUUGUCGUUGACAGUUAGCUAAACCGGCGCAUCUUUUCUCUUUGCUAGAAGAUGUGCCCGUUACCCGAAUGAAAGAAAUUGCAGCUGCCCCAUUGGCGAGUGAGAAAACACCUUAAAACUCGCAACCAUGUCUGCACCUGCUCUUAUUGGAAACCAGCUUAUUCUUGAAGAGGACUAUGAUGAGAAUUAUAUCCCCUCUGACCAAGAAAUCCACGAGUAUGCGAGAGAGAUUGGCAUGGAUCCUGACAGUGAGCCAGAGCUGUUGUGGCUGGCAAGGGAGGGCAUUGUUGCUCCGCUGCCUCGUGAGUGGAAACCCUGCCAGGAUGUGACAGGGGAUCUGUAUUACUUUAAUUUCUCCACUGGUCAGUCCACCUGGGAUCAUCCUUGUGAUGAGCACUACCGCAGCCUUGUGGUCCAGGAGCGUGAGCGGGUCCAGCUCACGGCCGCCGUUUCAGGAGGUCCAGGGGGGAAAAAGGACAAGGAGAAGAAGAAAAAAAAAGAGAAGAAGGAAAAGAAGGAGAAAAAAAAGGAGCCGUUAAACACUGGACCUCUGAGUUUGACCUUGGGACCACUGCCAUCCUCUUUGGGUAGCCUGGCUCCUUUGAGAGGUCUGGAUGCUCCUGGGCUCGGUCCUCUGCCUGGAUCUACCCCCGCCCUCCGGGGUUCCCUUGGCAACCCCGGGGGGCUGGAGCCCCUCAAGACAUCCCUAGGGGGUCCUCGGAGCAGUGGAGGAUCUAGCGUUUUAAGCAGUAGGCAGGAGGAGAGGGUUUCUCCCUCUCUGCCUGGCUUAGAUGACGAUGACAACAAUGAUGGCAAAAUGUCAGAGACUGAGCCCAGUACUCGCGGUUCAGCCAGACUGCUAAAGAAUCUCCACCUGGACCUGGAUGCCCUGGGAGGAGGCCUGCAGUAUGAGAACAGCGAGGCUAGUGGUGGACUUCCAGCAGAGGAGAGGACUGAGCCAGAACUCCAGGAUCUGGUCCUGUCUGGAGACCACAGCCCGGAGCCACCGUCCCGGCAGGACUCACGCCCGGGCAGACACCUGCAUCUGUCAACCCUUUUGGGCAGCAGGGACUGUGACAGCAUGGAGGGGGCAGGGCCCACCACCCUGGAAGAAGAGGAGGAGGAAGUGGAGGAGGAAAGCGGAGUGGGAGGGGAGGUUGUUCAGGGAGAUGGUGGAGUGGAGGAAAGAGAUGUGGGAGAGGUGAGUGAAGGGAAUGGAGGGAUCGAAUUGGAGGUCGAAGGAGCAGAAGGAGAGGAGUUGGUUUCGGGAGAGGAUGGAGAAGAGAAAGGAGGUGGGGAAGAGUUGGGGGCAGAACAAAGUGAAGCCAGGAAGGAGAAAGGCAAGACAGAGAACGAGGGAGGGGAGGAAGGAGAGGCAGAGGGGUGCAUACAAAGCAAGAGGGAGGCGGGAGAGAGUGUCGAGAUAGCUGAGGAACAUGUCAAAGGCAGGGAGGAAGAAGAGGGAGAUGAAGAGCAGGUGAGUGACGAAAUAGUGGAAGGGUGGGAAGAGGAAAGCAGAGAGACGAAGAACAAGGUACUUGGGGACAGUGAGGAAGUUGUUGAGAGGUCUGCAGAGGAGGAUGUCAGGGUCAAGGAAGAUUCACAGGAAAUAGAGGAAGACAUUGAGGAGCAGGUAAAGGAGGGAGAGGAGGAGGAGAGUGAGAUAGCAGUGGAGAGAGGUUUUGAUGAAAAGCAGGGUCAAAUAGAGAAACUUAUUUCCAGGGACAGGGAGGAGUCUCCCUCAGGGGAGCUGAUGGAUGAGAGCAGCAAAGCAGUAGAGAGAAGUUUUGGAAAAGAGGAAGUUGAUGAGUUGGAGCUAGGGCAGGAGGAAAGGCAAGAAGAGUACGAGACACCUGAGAGGUGUGCCGAUGGCGAGAGUGGAGGGGAGGAAAGUGAGGAAGUUGUUGAGAGGUCUGCAGAGGAGGAUGUCAGGGUCACGGAAGAUUCACAGGAAAUAGAGGAAGACAUUGAGGAGCAGGGAGAGCAGGGAGAGGAGGGAGAGGAGGAGGAGAGGGAAAUAGCGGUAGAGAGAGGUUUUGAUGAAAAGAAGGGUAAAAUGCAGAAACCUAUUUCCAGGGACAGGGAGGAGUCUCCCUCAGGGGAGCUGGUGGAUGAGAGUGGCAAAGUGGUAGAGAGAAGUUUUGGAAAAGAGGAAGUUGAUGAGUUCGAGCUGGGGCAGGAAGAAAGCCAUGAAGAGUAUGAGGCACCUGAGAGGUGUGCCGAUGGCGAGAGUGGAGGGGAGGAAAGUGAGAAGGAAGAGGUGGAAAGGUGUAUAGUUAUUGAGGAGGAAGGGCAAGAGAAAGAAAAGGUGGAGGAUGAGGAUAAUGGUGAGAGUGAUGAAGAUUUGGAGAGAUGCUCUCUGAGCCAAAAGCAAAUGACGGAAGAUGGGGAGGAGAGUGACGAGGAGGCGGUAGAGAGGUGUGUUUGGAGUGAAGGAAGGGAAUCGGGUGGAGGUACAGGAGACAAAAAAGGAAACAAUUCUGACCAGACACCCCAAAUAGCAUCUGAGAGUGAGGACAAAUUUCUGGAGAAAUGCACAGUCGACCUCACAUCUGCCAAGCUGACCCAGAGGAUGGCGAUGUUUCACAAACAUUAUACAUCUGACGAAAAAGAAAAAACACAGUUCACAGGCAGGACCAAGCCUGUGACCCAAAAAUACCCACUUCCAGCAGAGGUAGGGUUUGGUUUACUGUGGCUGUGUGACCCUAGCCUCCCUGCGUGCAGCUACUUCCCCUCCCCUCCAUCACCCAUCACCCAACUUCUGCACACAUGCAAGGGUCCACACCCCGCUUUCCCCAAAUCCAACUCCACUGCCUUAGGGGCUGUCGCAUCCAUCAUGAUUCCCACAUCUUACCUGGAUCAUCCCAUCACAUUCGAGUAUAAGGUUUCAGGCCUGAAGGACUUUUCUGCUACUGUCAGUCCACUAGAGACAGAUGAGAGAAAGGAAACAAAAGAUGAGAGGCUUGGGGAGAGGACGAAAAGAGCAGAGACUGCCAAGAGACGUAUGCAGGCUACUGGCAAGGAUAACCCAUCAUCUCCAAGGGUUGACAUGCUCCUCCUACAUCAGUCAAGUCCUGUCCCCUCCCUCUCCAGCUCCUCCCACUCUGAGCGAGCUGUGGGGUUUCGCCCAAAGGCUGAAGGCCUCAGCGCCUCUCUGGCACUCCAGAGACCUGAGACAUCUCGGGGAAGGCUGGUUCGAAGUUCCAACGCCCAACUCAGGGAAUUUGAGUCCCCCAUGCUGAAUCAAGAGAACUCCCUAGGAGAAAACCCGAGCACCGACCCCCCUAGAACAACUUGCAAGGAUAAGAGAGGUAGCGAGGAGACAGGACAGGAGCAUAAGGAAGAAGAGAGGAGAAAAAAAAUGGUAGGGGUGGAGAGGGAGGAAGAGGAUGAAAGGGAACAGGAAUGGAGACAGGAGGAGAGAGAAAGGGAGAGCAGAAAGGCUGAGAAAGAGGUGGAAGAGGAAAAGGAAUGUAUCACAAGGGACAAGGAAAAGAGGAUUCGCCUCCUCCGAGAGGAGCUGAGGCGAGAAGAAGAGGAAGAGGAGAAUAAGUUAAAGGAAGAAAGUGAGGAGAGAGUCAGGGCUCUGCGACAAUUUCUCCAGUCAAAGAGGAGAGAGGAAGAAGACCGGCUGAAUGAGGAGUCUGAUAGGAGGCUAGAGGACCUGAGGGAGACUGCUCGUAGGGAGAGAGAGAACCAGCAAUGCAUGCUUAGGGAGGAGUGUGAGGCUACACUGAAGGAGCUCCAUUUCAGUAUCGAGGCAGAACAAGCAGCUGAGCAAGAUAGGCUAGAGGCUGAGAGGAGGCGGGACUUGGCACGCCUAAAGGCGGACGCAGAGGAGAAGCUACAAGCAGAAAGGCAGAGACUUCUUGCAGAGCAGGAGGAGAAGAUGAGCACUCUCAGACAAGAGGUCAAAAGCAGUGAAAGGAGGAGGGAGCUGUUAAGUCCACGACCUGAACAGCAACUAGUAGAGUACCAGAGAGAGUUGGCUGAUGUGCUCCAGGAAGUGCGGGAGGAAGUGCAGCGGGACCACAGCAGAAAGUUGGAACAGCUGAGGGAGGAGCAUAGGAGAGAGUUGGACAACAUCAGGGAGAAGCACCUUGAUGAAGAAGCAGCUCAGAGAGAGCAUUUGCUCUGCACUCUGAAAGAGGACAAAGAACGACUCCAGGUCUCACACACACUCGCCCUGGAGAAACUACGCCUGCAGAUAGAUACGCAGAAACAAAAGGCACAACUGACACACACACGCACGGAGUCAGAGCUAAGGGAUCUAGCUGAGCAGUUGGAACUGAGAGCAAAAGAGCUGAAAAACCAGGAGGCACUGCUACAGACCAAGGCUGCAGAUCUGAAGAGAAGAAGGAGGAAGCUUGGGGAAGAGGAGGAAGAGGUGGACAGAGUGACAGAGGCCUUACCCAGGCUGAUCCAGGAGAGAGACAGGCUUAAGGAGCAGCUGGACAGGGCUAGGGAGGAGACGGACAGAGCCCGAGAACUCAUGCAAAGAGCAAGGGAGGAGAGGAGCGAGGCUAAAGAGGAGGUGGAGAGGAUAAGGAUGGAUAGAGACAAAGCCAGGGAGGAGAGCAGGAGAAUGAAAGAGGACAAGGAGCGGUUGGAGAACAAGUUAGAGCUACUGCAGGAGAGGUGUGAGCGCCUCAGCUGCAGAGUCAGUGAGCUGGAACAAGGGAAGGAAGUGAGAAUCUCCCCUAAACCACGACGUGAGCAGGAAGACAAGAAAGGGAACAAGACAGAGGUGGAGGCUCCUUCUAGUGCCAGGAGAGAUGCAUCGCUACAUGUAGAUGACCUGGAAGACCCUCCUGUCUCGCCUGUACCUGAUAGCCACAGCAGCCUAGAUGACUUGCGUCGCUACAUCUGCUCGGAGAACAUGUCCAUUCAGAAAGCCAGGCUUUUCCUGGAGAGUGAAAACAGUCAUUUGAUGGAGAGACAGGCAGCUCUGCGAGCAGCCCAGGCCAGCUCCUCUAAGGACCUCAACCAGGAAGCAGGGGUAACCCAGGAGUUGGUGAAGAACCUUCAGCAGGAGAGCAGUGAUGUGGAGGUUUUGCGGCAGGCAGUUCAGAGAGGGAGCGCUCUCCUGCGGACAAAAGAGGAGCACCUGCAGCAGCUAGAGACCUCAAUUGCAGAGGAGCCUCUGCUUGAGGAGCUAUCCCGUGUGGCAGCGGACAGAAAGGUGACCUUUGACGUGACAGAUUCAGACCUCAGCAGCACCGCGGACCCACAGGAUGGUGCAGGUGGCUAUCCUGCUGUCCCAGCUAAAGUCCAACAGUUGGCGGAGUCCCUCCAGCAGAUCUCAGGCCAGCUUAACACUGUCCUGAGUGCGCUGGGUUCGCUGGCCCAGAGACAAAGCACAAUACCCUACCCCGCCUUUUCUUUACCUCAGUCCUGGCCACACUCCACUAUGCCCCCUGCCACUGGCACCUCCGUUCCCAUGCCCCAGUCUCAGCGGUCCGGUGCCUUUGCUCCACCUCCCUCCUUAGGGCUCCCAGGGCGGUCUUGGGCCUGGGGGAGCCAAGGAGGUCACACGGCGACCCCUGUCUUCAGCACCUCCAUCGCUAAUGGACCGAGGGCUUGUGAGGAUCUCAUCAGCAGCCACUGGGCCCAGCUCUUCCCUGGGGCGGCUAUGGAUCCAGUAGCCUCCAGUACCAUCAGGACCAGUUCAACUCACUCAGCAUACACCACAUCAAGGGAGCAUGCCCGCAGCCUGCUUUCCACGCACAAGUCAGUGGAAGUUGAUGGCCAGAGGCUGCAGGGGCUGAUCGACGGCAAUAAGAGAUGGCUGGAGAUGCGCAGGAAAGACAACAGCAUACCACUAUUCACCCGCUAUCGGACCCCCUCCACCAUGAACGGACUGGUUCAGCUGGGCUUGGACGAUAACAACCAGAUCAAAGUUUAUCAUUACUGAAUACGGCACAGAUGGGUAAAGAGGAACAACUGAAGCUCCGGUUUGCUAUACUGUGAUGGUAUAAAAGGCUCUGGAACGUAAAUGAUUGUAAAGCUCAAGGGACUUGGCAGUAAGCAUAACAAGUUGAAGGGCAAUAGCUAAAUCACUGGUGAGAAAACAACUGAAACAGGGAAACAUCGAAGGGAUAUUUUUAGAGCAAUUCUUUUGCCACUACAAACGGCAGAACUAGGGUGGAAUUGGUCAUUAACAUGCUGGCAUUUCACCAGUGGGUUAGAAUGAGAGGUCAGGCAGGAGCAGCAUCCGUGGAGCAGGUCGGGAUUCAGCGUCAUUCCAAUGGAAUGGACCCAGAGCUUUGGGAUAAUCUCCUCAAUCACCAGGACAACCAAAAAGAGGCACUCAGUAUUUUUGUUCCUCUUGAAAUAUCUCAGCGUAUUUCGAAGCCAAAUGGAAGGGGCUUGCCACUCAAUGAUUGCAAGAAAGUUCUGACAGGAAGUAGUUGGAAGUCAGUUCAGUACACAUUAAAUACAGACAACCUGCCUGGGACUAUCUGAACUGCCUGUAUGUGGUUCAUCAAUCAGAUUUACAAAAAAAUAAGCAGAAGAAACAGGAGGAUGUUUGCACAGUCUGUUUCAUGACAGGACAUUUGAUCGUCAAUGAAAUGGUAAGGUAAUGGUAAGGACAGUUAUGAGCAUUAAAAACAACAAAGGCCUGUAUCAGAAUCAGAAUCAACUUUAUUGGCCAAGUGUGCUUUUGUAUACAAGAAAUUUUACCCUGGUUUACACUAGCUUCUAGUAUUUGCAUAUAUAAUGCACAAUAAAUAAACAAAUAAAUCGAUAGAUAGAUAGACAGAUAGACAAAUUAA